UGUUAUUAGGCUUUCAUUAUGAAAUGAUUGUGGAUAUUCUGGGAUUUUGUCCCCUGCCCAUUGUAUGUGGAACAAACAGACUUGGAAAGACAAAAUCUUCAAAAGCCGCACUAAGUCUUGUAGGAAAUGGAUCAAACUUCUUUUCAGCAGUAAGGGAAAGAUUCAUCCCCAGGCUAUGCAGCAGAUCAACUUUGCCUCCCGUGCUCGACGACGUUAAGAGCCCCACAGUUAUUGAAAAUGUUGCGGUCUCUUUCUACAACAGUGGCAAAGACGGGACAUGUGUUUUCGAAGCAGCUCCUCGAACCAUUCCGAUGUUCACAGUCAAUUGGGAAACUUUAGAGGGAUUGAACAAUGACCCCAGAGUACUUGGAAGGCUUGUCCUAAUUCCCUUUCAAGAAGGAACAAGAAGUCCUCUCGGAAUCGAGAAUCAGCAGAACGCAGAAUUCCAAAACAAUGUAAUAAUGGAAAGAGGGUCUAGUGCUUUUGGGACCAUGGUGGCAAUUAGCAGAUCUGUUGAAUACCUCUGCAUAACGCGAACUAAUGAGCUCUGUCAACAAUUUGCCAUUGAAGCACCGAACAUCGACGACCGCUGUUUAAGAAAUCAUGCACUUUUGGUAGCAUUUGCUGAGAAGCUACUCACUUGCGUGAAUCCAAAAGUGACAUUUAAGUCAAGCUCAAGUGGAGUAAGACUAAAUGGAGUAGCAGUGGCACUGAAAUGGUUCUUCGCCUUGCUAAAAGAUCACGGUAUUCUGUUUCCGAAUGAAGAAAGAGUGAGACAAGAAAUUAAGUCUCUCGACAUUGGGGUGGUCAAUGGGCGAAGCCAGUAUUUCAAUGCAAAGGCAAAUGGUGAAAAGAUCAGCAGAGGCUCAGAUGGAGUAGAAACUGCUUCCAGAAACUGCGUAAUUAUAAAACAAUCUGCAUUUGGAAGUGAGAAUUGGAUUGUUUUUUCGGAAGCCUUCAACAUCUUAGAUACAAAUAUCGCAAGAGACAGCUUGGGGUCCACCGCCGAAACCAGCAUAAACGAUUCAAACACAGCGUCUACGUCUGAAAUGGAAAUUGGUAAACGCAGCAGACCGUCAACAUCUGGAACCAGAAGAUACGAACCAAACACACCGUCCACAUCCGACAAUCAAAAUGGAAGAACAAACACAUCACGUGACGAAAAUGCAAACACCACGCAAAACUCACCCUUUGAGUGUGGUGGCACAACACCUGAUGGACCUGACACACAAUCAACCUAUGGUGCUGAAUCAACAAAUUUAGAUGAUAGUGGCAUUAAUCUGGAAGUGGAGCUGGGAGAAGUGGACAGAAUGGAUGUUUUAAACACAGUUAGUGCAUCAAAGAAGAAGAGAUGCAAGCAAAUAGGGAGCGAACUAGACAUGUUUAAAACAAAAAAGUUUAAGAACAAAGCCAAAUACAAGUAUUGCUAUUGCAAAAAGGAAAGGUCAAAGGACGAAGAAGACGAAAUGAUUGUUUGCGAAAACAGAAAAAGAAAACCAAGAAAGUGUCCAGGAAACAAUUAUUACCACAUGGUCUGUUUGAAACUUAAAGUUGUACCAGACACUGAUCCUUGGUUCUGUCCCAGUUGCCGAGGAACUAACAGCAAGUGAUCAGUAACUGCCAUAUAUGUACAUAAUUUAAUUGAACGUUUAAUAAAACUUGAUUUUGGAAUACUAA